UUUCUUCAUAUUCUUGCAUUGUAGCGUCCACCCACCAUACUUUUAACUCCUCUCUCCUCUUUUUUUGCCCUAGUUAGGGUUCCCAAAUGAUUUCUUGCCUUUGAUUUUUUUUCUGAUGCAUUCUGGUCUGGUUCUAAUCUUGCUGAUCCUCUUCUUGCUUGAUCUGGUCAUUUUUGCUCUCUUCAGAGGGUUUUUUGGGCUUUCAAGUUUCAGAUUUGACUUCCCUUGGUUUUUCACACAGUUCCCAUGUCUAAAGUCAUCAAUUUCCGUGGCGAUGAUGAUAUUUUCCCUUGGGGGUUCUUAUACCCAAAUCCUAAGGAAUCAAGUCUCUUUUUGUCCCGUGGUCAUCAUGUGGACGUGUAUGUUCCUCCUCGUAAGAGGUCUCGUGUCAGUGCCCCGUUCUUUGUCAGCAGAGAGCAAAAGCAACAGUCAACCAUUGAAGUUCUUCCUGACGAAUGCCUCUUUGAGGUGUUCAGACGCCUUACUGGAGGCCAAGAGAGGAGUGCCUGUGCAGGUGUCUCCAAGCGUUGGCUUAUGCUUUUAAGUUGCAUUCGGAGGGAUGAAAUAUGCAAUAAUGAAACCACUCAACCUGUGGAGCCUGAGAGCAGAUCUAAUAUUAAGAAGGCAUACGAGUCAGCAAAGCCAAAAGAGAAGGGUGGAUUUGUAGAUUCAAAUGGAAUUAAAGCUGAAGUCAAAGAGGAAGACUUGGAAACAGAUGUUGAUGGAUAUCUUUCUAAAUGCCUUGAAGGGAAGAAAGCUACUGAUGUGAGGCUGGCUGCCAUUGCUGUUGGAACUGGACACUGUGGAGGUUUGGGCAAGCUAUCCAUCCGAGGAAGCAGUUCUACUCAUGGGUUGACAAAUUUUGGCCUCAAGGCCAUUGCUCGUGGUUGCCCUUCUUUGAGAGAGCUUUCGAUUUGGAACUUAUCAUCAAUUGGUGAUGAAGGGCUACUUGAGAUAGCAAAUGGCUGUCAUCUGUUGGAGAAGCUUGACCUAUGUCACUGCUCGGCAGUUACAGACAAGGGUUUGCUUGCUAUUGCAAAGAAUUGUCCCAAUCUGGUAUCAGUUACAAUAGAAUCUUGCUCAAACAUUGGAAAUGAAAGCCUGAAAACUUUGGGAUGUAGCUGUCCCAACCUGAAGUCCAUUACUGUUAAAAAUUGUCCUCUUGUUGGGGACCAGGGAAUUGCAGGUCUAUUUUCAUCAGCUGGUAAUGUUCUUACAAAGGUGAAGCUUCAGGCACUUAAUAUCAGCGAUGUGUCUCUUGCUGUAAUUGGGCACUAUGGCAGUGCAAUGACUGACCUUGCACUUAUUGGACUCCAAAAUGUGAACGAAAGGGGCUUCUGGGUCAUGGCUAGUGGUCAAGGUUUGCAGAAGCUGAAGUCUUUGGCAAUAACCACUUGCCGAGGAGUUUCUGAUUUAGCGUUUGAAGCUAUUGGUAAAGGUUGCCCAAAUCUGCAUCAGAUCUGCCUCAGAAGAUGUCCACUUGUAUCAGACAGUGGAUUGGUUUCUUUUGCUAAAUCUGCAGGGUCACUUAAAAGUCUUCAAUUGGAGGAAUGCCGCAGGAUUACCCAAUGUGGGGUUUUUGGCUUCUUUGCAAACUGUGGUGGGAAUUUGAAGGCUCUUGCCUUGUCCAAUUGCUUGGAAAUUCGGAACAUAAACUAUGUCUUUCCAUCGACAUCUCUUUGUCAUUCACUGCAAUCACUGACCAUCCGCAACUGUCCCGGAUUUGAUGAUGCUAGCUUGGCCAUGGUGGGUAGACUGUGUCCCAACCUGACUCGUGUGGAUCUCAGUGGGCUUCAGGGAAUAACUGACGCUGGGCUUCUACCUUUUGUUCAAAGCUCUGAUGCUGGUUUGGUGAAGGUAAAUCUUAAUGGAUGUGUCAAUUUGACCAACAUUGUUGUUGCAACCAUUUCUAAGCUGCAUGGGAGCACUCUCGAGGUUCUGAAUCUUGAAGGCUGCAGAUUCAUCACUGAUGCAAGCCUGGUGGCAGUUGCAAGGGAUUGCUGGCUGCUGAAUGAACUUGAUGUUUCUAAAUGUGGAAUUACUGAUUCUGGGAUUGCAGCCUUGGCUGGUGCCAAGCAUCUGAAUCUGCAGAUACUUUCCCUGGCAGGUUGUUCUUUGGUAUCUGACAGAUCUGCACCUUUGUUGGUGGAUAUGGGCAAGACAAUGGUGGGGUUGAACCUCCAGCAUUGCAAUGGAAUCAGCUCGGAUGCUGUUGAUCUGCUUGUUGAGCAACUUGGGAAGUGUGAUAUACUCUUCUAAGCAGCUGACGGUUGAAAAGUCACGUUAAAGCAGUCACAGAUGAUGGGGGUCAUCACUAGUUUUCACUACUUCAGUAUAGCUCUUGGGUUUUAGUAGUCAGGCGUGUCGUUUUUGGGUCCAUAACCAUGGGUCUUAAUGGUUCAGUGUUCCAGUCCUUUUUCCAGCAAGGUGUGGCCAGUUACUCUAUUUUUUUUGCAGCUUUCUUUCCAUUAGAAAGCUGUUCCAAGAAUUUUUCCCCUUAAUUGAGGGAGCCAUUCUGCAUAAUGGUCACACUUGGCUGAGAAUACCGAUACUGGGUGCUGAAUUCUUAAAUACUUCUAAUGGUCCUACUAUUAUGUUUUCAGCUUCUGGCCGAGCAGUUGUUAUUCCAACUUGCGUGGUCUGAGCUUGUUAUGCUAUCAAGUCCUUAGUGUCUGUUUACCGAGUCUUCCAUGUUGCUGAAUGCUCGAGUUCUGUUACAUGAUGGUUGGGUUUGAUUCCGUGAGUCAGUAUGUGUUUGUGGUUGCUUUUGGCAGUUGUAGGCUUGUAACCUUGCUUUCCGUGAGCUUUGUCCGUGGCAGAGUUGUUUUAGUCUGCCAUGACAACCCUUUUGGGUUGUUUUUUCUCAACAAAGCCCUAGUUUUGCAGGUUCUCUCCUGUUACCGUCUUGAGCAAUGUAAUACUUAAUAAAAUGCUUGUUUUUUGUUAAUAAAAAUGCUUUCGAGGCGCUUUAUUAUGUA